CUUGCUCUGUCGCUCACACACACAGUAUUAUUCACUUGCACUUCAAGUCCUCGUCCUCCUCGAUCGUCCUCUCUCUCUCUCUCUCUCUCUCUCUCUCUCUCUCUCUCUCUCUCUCUCUCUCUCUCUCUCUCUCUCUCUGUGAUCCAUCUUCUCCUACCUUGUACUAUAAAUUUCUACACACUUGCAAGACAAGAUAUACGCAUGCGCAUGCACCCAAUCACCUGCAUGCCGCGCCAUUAGACACCUUGUAUAGACAACUGCAGAAGCUAACAUCAACCAGGCGGUGCAAUGGGAGCAGGGACAGGAAGAAGCACUAGAACCAUGCUGUUCGUGGUGCUGGUGUUCGCGGCCGUGGCGAGGACGGCGGUGGUGGGCAGCGUCGGCGGCGAUGGCGGUGGCGCUGGAACUGAGGAUGCAGAGAGGUUCUUGAGGCUGUGGACAGACGGAGGUGGAGAAGCGGUGGAUGAUCUCUUGGAGGGGGAUGAGGAAGAUGAUGAUAUGCAGGAGGAUGACGACGAACAAAUCUUGAUGUGGGGGAGGGGGCCCGGCCGGUCGCCGACGGCGAGGAACGUGGUGAACGUCGACAGCUUCGGCGUAGCGGGGGACGGCAACGCCGACGACACCGAGGCAUUCUUGAGCGCUUGGAAGAUGGCGUGUUCUCUGGACAACGCGGUGUUCUUGGUGCCCGGCGGCCGCCGCUACAAGGUCGGCGCGAGCAAGUUCAUGGGGCCGUGCAAGGAGAGGAUGAUCAUCCAGAUUCAGGGGACAAUCGUGGCGCCGGAGGAGCCGUCGGAGUGGGACCCUCGGAGCCCGCGGCUGUGGCUGCUAUUCUCGGGGCUCGCCGACGCCCGCAUCCAGGGCGGUGGCGUCAUCGACGGCUCCGGUUCCAAGUGGUGGGCCAAUUCCUGCAAGAUCAACAAGUCCAACCCCUGCAAACCUGCUCCAACGGCCGUGACGAUCGACUCGUGCAGGGGCGUGCGGGUGCGGAGCCUGCGCGUGCAGAACGCGCAGCAGAUGCACUUCACGGUGUCCAGGUCGCGGGACGUGCGCGUCGCCGGGGUGCGCAUCGAGGCGCCGGAGGACAGCCCCAACACCGACGGCAUCCACGUCGCCGAGUCCACCGCCGUCACCAUCCAGAGCUGCCGCAUCGCCACCGGGGACGACUGCAUCUCCGUCGUGAACGGGAGCUUCAACAUCCGGAUGAAGAACAUCGACUGCGGCCCAGGCCACGGCAUCAGCAUCGGGAGCCUGGGGAAGGACAACACGUUCGCGGCGGUGGAGAACGUGGCGCUGGACACGGCGAGGAUCAGCCGGGCGCAGAACGGCGUCCGGAUCAAGACGUGGCAGGGCGGCGCCGGCUACGUCCGGAACGUGCUCUUCUCCAACGUCGUCGUCGACGACGUGGACCACCCCAUCAUCAUCGACCAGUUCUACUGCGACUCCAGGAACCCUUGCCACAACCAGACGUCGAACGUGAAGGUGAGCAAAGUGGUGUACCGCCACAUCCGCGGCACGUCGCGGCGCGCGGAGGCGAUCAAGUUCGCGUGCAGCGACGCCGUGCCCUGCAGCGAGAUCGUGCUCAGCGACAUCAACCUGCUGCUCGGCGACGGCGGCGGCGGCGGCGCGGGCGAGGUGCAGGCCGUCUGCAACUGCGCCAUGGGCUUCAACGACGGCCGCGUUUUCCCCGCCGCCGACUGCCUCAGGAGCAGCACCUGCGGCGGCGCGCCCGAUGACCACACCGACGAGGACGACGACCAGGGGAAAGUCGAGACCAAGGAGACGACCAUCCUGCACACCGAGCUGUGAGCUGUAUGUACUCAGCAAUGGCCUUUUGACUCUGCUAGUCUGCUCAGUAAUCUUGCAAUCUUUUUGUGUGUACCCGAGAGGGACGUGUUGCGAUCAAAAGCCGGUCGGUAAACGGGACACCGACCAGGGGUGGACGGUAAACGAAAUACCGACCACCCCACGGGUGUUUCCGGGAUGCCGAGGCGGCGGCCCAGGUGCUUCCGCGCGGCCCAUUAGGAUAGAACCCGGCUCGCUAAUCUCCUCGGCUCGUUAGUUUCCUAUCCCUCCAAUCUAAGUAUUACUCAAGGUAGUAGUGAUGGUGACUGAGUCACUAGUUU